UCAUCGUGACUCUGCCAGCAGAAGCCAAGUCAAUUCGCCAAAUUGUUUAUUACAACAUUUUCACUUUGUGCUGCAUCGUAUCAACAUUUCUUUACACUCAAUUCACCUAAAAGAAAAUUCCUCUCAAUUUCCUUCCCUGUUUAUCUUAUAAAGAAAAGUGUCUGUGAGAAGAAAAUUCUUCGCAUAGUGUAAAGAUUUGUUGGCAAAAAAGACAAGUCAAUCGGAGACGACGCUACGGCUACCGGGAGUGCGAGUAAAGUGUAGAAGAUGGAUGACGACGGAAGCCACAGAGUGGAGCUCUAUAUAUACGAUCUGACCCAGGGAAUGGCCUCAAUGAUGUCCGAAAUGAUCUUGGGACGGCACAUUGAAGGUGUCUGGCACACUGGAGUCGUUGUCUUCGGCAGGGAGUACUUCUUUGGUCAUCAAGGGAUUCAGAGUUGCCCACCGGGCGGAACCGUUUUGGGAACACCGCAGAAAGUGGAGAAAAUCGGUGAAACUUUCAUCCCAUUUCAAGUUUUCAAGGACUACGUACGUGGUUUAGCUGAAAGCACCUUCAGAGGUUCUUGCUACAACCUCCUCAAGCACAAUUGUAACACAUUUUCCAACGAAAUAACGCAAUUCCUCUGUGGCGUGUCAAUUCCCAAAUUCAUUUUGGACCUGCCACAGGAAUUCCUUGGAACACCCCUUGGGCAGACACUUGGUCCCCUAAUUGAGAGUAUUGGUGCAAGUGAGAAUAGCCAACAUUUCUCCUUUGAACCACGAAUAGCAGCCCGCGAAGCAAGUCCGGGCUUUGAUGAGCUUAACAGUGAGAUUGAGCAAGCACGUUUGCAGUCAAUUGCCCUGAACGAGCGUAGAAAUAACAUUAAGGAGAAAAUUGCAAAGAAGGAGCGGAAGAAAGAGAAGAAGAAGCGCAAGGCACAGGCUAACGGACAUUCAGAGAGUGACUACAGUUCAAAUACCGGCAUGUCUGAGGCGGAGGCUAACAACGGGGAGAUGAAUGGGACAGCGACAAAUGGUGAUGGAGCCAUCCCGUCUGAGAUGCUGCCAUCGGAGAAAGUCCUCGAAGAGGAGGCACGUGAGAAGGCAGAAGAGGAGGAAAGGAAGCGUCAGAGGGAUCCUCCAGUUGUCUUCAAUAACAUCGAUCCUAAAGCGGAACUGGAAGCACUCGUGAAGCUCCUGGAUGGAAAACUCUCGAAAGAGGAUGAGACUUCAAUUGAGGAGCUGCAUCAGUACCUUCUGGAGGGUGAAGGAUCAUGGGCCCUGAGUGAUGGCUUCUUGGUCUUUGCUGAGCGCGUUCUCCGCGAUCCAGCAAUUUCGACAGAAACACGCGUUCAUCUGCUGAGAGCUUUAGCCAAUGCUGCUCUCAAGGACGACGUGAUCCUUCUCCUCCAUCAAGACAGACGCGAUCACGUGCUCAUGAACUAUGCCCAAGAUAUUGAUCGUCUCUCACCUGAGGAGCAACAGGCAAUUGCGCUCUUUAUGUGCAACUUAUUUGAAAACUCCAGCUCUUCGGAGUGGCUACUCUACAUCUCUGAAUGGAACUACAAUACAACUCAAACAUCAAAUAUUCGUGCCUCCACAAAGGUAGCUGUUCACUGUCUCCUGGCCUCGUGUCCAACGCUUCAGGACUUGGGUACAGCCAUCAUACACAAUUUAGCAUGCAAGGAGGUAAAAACUGUGGUGUUUGAUGAUGUUGCUGUAGAGCUGGCAAUGGCUAUUCUUCAGUUCUUCAAUAACAAACCCAAUGAGGAGCAUUUAUUCAGAACAAUGAAGGCUCUCGCUCGUUUCGUCACGGUAUCUCCUGAUGUUCCGCAAUUGGUGCAAAUGAUUGGACCAAAUCCGUCCACCUUCAAGGGCACCAGUGAGCGUAUUGACCAACAAAUUGCACAAAUUGCAAAGAAAAUUCGCUAAAUAUACCUACAACACCCACACCACACACUUCCUAUUAUAAUAAUUCUAUUUAUUUUCAAUUAAUACAGCGUGCAAAAUACAACAAAUAAAAAGAAAAUCUUCCCACACAAAA